GGAUUUAAAGGAAGUCCCGCCUCUGCCGCGCUCGUAAGCCGCCGCUUACCUGGCUCGGUCCGUGAGGGGUGGGUAGGUGAAGGCCUCGGGACUUUAAAACCGAGGUUUCGACGGCGCCAGGUGAUGGACGACACUGUUCUUGGGCCAGGGACGUGGAGCAUUCAGGGAAUGCGGGGUAGAGGCCAGCUUGGGAACUCCGGGGGUCGGGGAACAAAUCUGGCGCUGAGAGGAACGGAGGGCUGGGCCUCCGAACGAUACUCUUUCCUCGGGGUCCUCGGGGGCCGUACUGAGUCUGCAGCUCCGCUUCUCUCCUAGUCGCCUGCCAACUCCACAAAUCCGGGCCUGCCUUCGGUCAUAGAGGUCUGAUUCCGGAGCUGCCAUGAUUGAGGUGGUAGCAGAGUUGAGCCGGGGUCCUGUAUUUCUGGCGGGGGAGGCACUGGAGUGUGUGGUGACGGUCACCAACCCUUUACCUCCUACGGCCACUUCUGCAUCGAGUGAAGCACUGGCCUGGGCUAGUGCACAGAUACACUGCCAGUUCCAUGCUAGUGAGAGUCGAGUAGUGCUACCUCCCCCUGACUCUAGUCAACCAGAUGUCCAGCCAGACAGCCAGACUGUCUUUCUGCCUCACCGAGGUGAAAGGGGUCAGUGUAUCCUUUCUACUCCACCAAAAAUUCUAUUUUGUGACCUGAGGCUAGACCCUGGAGAAUCAAAAUCAUACUCCUACAGUGAAGUGCUGCCCAGAGAGGGACCACCCUCCUUUCGGGGCCAGUCAGUCAAGUAUGUCUACAAACUGACCAUUGGCUGCCAGCGUGUCAACUCACCCAUCACUUUACUCAGGGUUCCUUUGAGGGUUCUUGUGCUGACUGGCCUUCAAGAUGUCUGGUUUCCCCAGGAUGAGGCUGUGGCCCCAUCCAGUCCAUUCUUGGAGGAGGAUGAAGGUGGGAAGAAGGAUUCAUGGCUAGCUGAGCUGGCUGGGGAGCGUCUCAUGGCUGCCACAUCCUGCCGCAGCCUCCAUUUAUACAACAUCAGUGAUGGCCGAGGGAAAGUUGGGACAUUUGGCAUCUUCAAAUCUGUUUACAGACUUGGUGAGGAUGUGGUGGGAACCUUAAACUUAGGAGAAGGAACUGUGGCUUGUUUGCAGUUUUCAGUAAGCUUACAGACUGAGGAGCGUGUACAGCCUGAGUAUCAGCGGCGCCGUGGGACAGGGGGUGCCUCCUCUGUGUCCUAUGUGACUCAUGCCCGGCACCAGGAGUCCUGUCUACAUACAACCAGAACCAGCUUUUCUCUCCCCAUCCCUCUCAGCUCCACCCCAGGCUUCUGCACUGCUAUUGUGUCCUUGAAGUGGCGAUUACAUUUUGAAUUUGUAACAUCCCGAGAACCAGGAAUGGUAUUACUGCCCCCCAUGGAACAGCCUGAACCUGCUACCUGGACAGGUCCUGAGCAGGUGCCUGUAGAUACCUUCAGCUGGGAACUCCCCAUCAAGGUGCUGCCUACAAGCCCCACUCUGGCCUCAUAUGCUGCCCCAGGUCCCAGCACCAGCACCAUAACCAUCUGAAACGCCUACCUGCCCACGAUGGCCCUGGUUUUUUCAAGAUACUAAGAAUUCCACACUUUAACUCUGGCCCACAUUUUCCCACUUGGGGCCCAAUGGCACAGACAACGGGAGGCAGGCUUUCAGCUGUAGCAUUAAUUUAUUUAUUCAGAAUAAAUUGGCAGCUGCUAGUGGUUUCCCGGCGGUGGCAGCAGCAGUGAGCAGUCAGCAGAUGGGUGAUCAGGUGAGUUCUAGCUGGGAUGGGGAGCUGAGCCCCACUCUGUGUCAGGCCCUCCACCUUUGCAGGGUAGCUGAGGAUCAGAUUUUUGCACCAAGGAAAAUUGACAGCUUCCUGCCUCCCGACGAACCUCACACCCAGCAGGGAAGUCAAUGGGAUGCUGAGACCUGAGGAACCAAGGAUGGGGAGUCAGCACAGUAAACGAUUACCUUUAUAGUCCCCUGUACCCUCCCACAGCUGUCUUCCCAUGUCCUACUUUAGUGUCCCCUGGUCCUCCUGACUAAGUUCUUAGUAUAUAAAAAUUUUUGUGGCAGGAGUAUUUUCCUCCAGAUCCAUCUUAGCCUCCAUCACUGUGAGUCCUAAAGGCUUAUCUUUCUCUUGUUGCUACCUUCAGGUCUGGCUAGUCUCAUACUUCUCCCUGUUCAUUCUUACCUCACAGCAAUACAGUCACUCCCUGGCCAUCCCUCAGUAAGUUACAUCAGAGGCAUUCCCUUAAGCCAUUCUUGCUUACUCACGUGUCACAGCAGCCCACACCGACAGGAUGCAGACAGGUACAAUGGAAACAAUCCUUGCGGAGCCAAGACUCACCCAGGGUGAAAUAUUUCCCCUCAUAAUGACAGGGAGCUGGGGAACAAUGAGCACUGUUAGUAGGUGUGGGAGUGGUGGUAGCAGACAAGUCUUUUCUGGUCUGGGGUGGUGGGAGAGAGUUGGUGCAUACUACCCCCAUGAUUAGUCUUUCCUGUUUCACAUUUGGAGGAAGUUGGGGUAUUCUGACAAAGGAUCACCUCCAAGCCCUUGCUGCCACUCUCUGCCCCCCACCUUCCCCUGCUUCUCAGCCUUUCCUAACCCUCACUCUACUUUACCUUGAGCUUGGAAGUAACACUUGCUGUGGACUCCUGGGUACUGCAGAAGUAGAGACA